AUGUCGUUGACCGACGCUCUAGACGAAAUGGUGAAUUCUGGCGUUCUUUCCCCAUCGAUUGCGAUGAAGGUUCUGUUUGAGUUCGAUAGAUGUGUGACCAGAGUACUACAAGCUUCAAAGACUAAAGCGUCCAUCAAGGGGCAACUCCAUACUUAUCGGUUUUGUGGAAACGUGUGGACUUUUAUUGUCGAGGACGCCGUUGUCAACGUCACGGACACCGAUUCAACGUCACGCGAGUCAAGGGUGAAGCUAUUAAAAGUUGUAGCGUGCGAUGGUAAACUUGGAGCGAAUACCGACUCCGUGUAG